AUGACAUANGCAUAUAUUUCAAAGAAAUUUACAUUAGCUCAACGUCGCUGGUCUCCAAUGGAACAAGAAUGUUAUGCAUUUAUUCAUUCAUUAGACAAAUGGCAUAAUCAUUUAAGUGGUACGAAAUUUACAUGGGAAACUGAUCAUAAAGCAUUAACUCAGUUGAACAAAAAAGCUCAAAUAAACAAACGAUGUGAGCGAUGGCGAUUAAAAAUCCUCGAAUACGAAUUCGAUGUCAAAUACAUUCCCGGGCCACAAAACUCUAUGCCAGAUUAUUUAUCACGAUCUCCAGUCGAUGAAGCAGAAGAAGAUCCUGACGAAACAUCUUCAAUUACUUCAACAUCAACACAAACAGAGCCCGAAGGCUCAGCAACACAAGUAUACACCGUCAACGUAGUACAAACUCGAGCAGCCAAAUUACGUGAAUCCAUCAACAAUAAUGUUACCGAUAACAAGAACAUGACAGCAGAUCCUCUACCCGAAGAGAAUCGAAUUACUCCAUUUACAAUCGAAGAUCUUACUCAAGCGCAGAAAAAUGAUGAAUAUGCAAAAAAUAUCAUAAAAAAACAUUAA